GGCCAGUUCUCCUCUGACCAGACGAAACCAGUAGUUCAAUUCCAGGCUGCAGCAAAGUCAGAUUGUGCAGAAGAAUCAUCUGUUUCCUGUGGUCUUGUCCUGGUGCUCCUCUGAGACAAGGUCUUUACAGGGGAUCUGUAUCUGGGGCUCUAGUUGUCCUGGUCUCCGCUGUCUUUCAUGGCAGUAGAGGUCCUUUCUAGGUGCUCAUCCACCAUCUGGUCUGGAUACGUACUGGAUCCGGGUGACUGCAGUGACCCUCUUAUCUGGAUACAGACUGGAUCUGGUGGCUACGGUGACCUCUGAAUAAGAAAGAAACAGACAAAUAUUAGCAUGGAUGCCAUUCUUCUAAUGAUGUAGCAAGUACAUAUGGUGUUAUGGGAAGUGUUUCCGGUUCUGGUUUACCUAAUUAAUGCAGCCUAAAACUCCUUUAACGGAUUUGGAUAUUAAAAACAUAUUAGUAUGUUAUGUGUAAGCCAGGUUAAAGAGAUGAUCUUUAAUCUAGAUUUAAACUGCAAGAGUGUGUCUGCCUCCCGAACAAUGUUAGGUAGGUUAUUCCAGAGUUUAGGUGCCAAAUAGGAAAAGGAUCUGCCGCCCGCAGUUGAUUUUGAUACUCUAGGUAUUAUCAAAUUGCCUGAGUUUUGAGAAAACAGUGGACGUAGAGGAGUAUAAUGUAAAUGGAGCUCAUUCAAAUACUGAGGUGCUAAACCAUUCAAGGCUUUAUAAGUAAUAAGUAAUAAGCAAUAUUUUAAAAUCUAUACGAUGUUUGAUAGGGAGCCAGUGCAGUGUUGACAGGACCGGGCUAAUAUGGUCAUACUUCCUGGUUCUAGUAAGAACUCUUGCUGCUGCAUUUUGGACUAGCUGUAGUUUGUUUACUAAGCGUGCAGAACAACCACCCAAUAAAGCAUUACAAUAAUCUAACCUUGAGGUCAUAAAUGCAUGGAUUAGCAUUUCUGCAUUUGACAUUGAGAGCAUAGGCCGUAAUUUAGAUAUAUUUUCGAGAUGGAAAAAUCCAGUUUUACAAAUGCUAUAAACAUGGCUUUCUAAGGAAAGAUUGCGAUCAAAUAGCACACCUAGGUUCCUAACUGAUGACGAAGAAUUGUCAGAGCAGCCAUCAAGUCUUAGACAGUGUUCUAGGUUAUUACAAGCAGAGUUUUUAGGUCCUAUAAUUAACACCUCUGUUUUUUCAGAAUUUAGCAGUAAGAAAUUACUCGUCAUCCAGUUUUUUAUAUCGACUAUGCAUUCAAUUAGUUUUUCAAAUUGGUGUGUUUCACCAGGCCGCGAAGAAAUAUAGAGCUGAGUAUCAUCAGCAUAACAGUGAAAGCUAACACCAUGUUUCCUGAUGAUAUCUCUCAAGGGUAACAUAUAAAGCGUGAAGAGUAGCAGCCCUAGUACUGAGCCUUGAGGUACUCCGUACUGCACUUGUGAUCGAUAUGAUACAUCUUCAUUCACUGCUACGAACUGAUGGCGGUCAUAUAAGUACGAUUUAAACCAUGCUAAUGCACUUCCAUUAAUGCCAACAAAGUGUUCAAGUCUAUGCAAAAGAAUGUCGUUGUCAAUUGUGUCAAACGCAGCACUAAGAUCCAAUUAAACUAAUAGAGAGAUACACCCACGAUCAGAUGAUAAGAGCAGGUCAUUUAUAACUCUAAGGAGAGCAGUCUCAGUACUAUGAUACAGUCUAAAUCCUGACUGGAAAUUCUCACAUAUACCAUUUUUUUCUAAGAAGGAAUAGAAUUGUGAGGAUACAACCUUUUCUAGUAUCUUGGACAGAAAAGGGAGAUUCGAGAUUGGUCUAUAAUUAACUUGUUCUUUGGGGUGAAGUUGUGGUUUUUUGAUGAGAGGCUUAAUAAACAGCCAGUUUGAAGGUUGUGGGUACAUAUCCUAAUGACAAUGAGGAAUUAAUAAUAGUCAGAAGAGGAUCUAUGACUUCUGGAAGCACCUCUUUUAGGAGCUUAGAUGGUUUAGGGUCCAUCAUACAUGUUGUUGGUUUAGAUGAUUUAACAAAUUUAUACAAUUCUUCCUCUCCUAUAGUAGAGAAUGAGUGGAACUGUUCCUCAGGGGGUCUAUAGUGCACUCUCUUAUGCGAUACUGUAGCUGACGGCUGAAUGGUUGCAAUUUUAUCUCUAAUAGUAUCGAUUUUAGAAGUAAAGUAGUUCAUAAAGUCAUUACUGCUGUGGGUUUGGGAAAUGUCAACACUUGUUGAGGCUUUAAUUUUUCGUUAAUUUAGCCACUGUGUUGAAUAAAUACCUAGGGUUAUUUUUAUUUUCCAUGGUGUCAAACUGUUUUCCUUAAUCUUCCUUAAGCGUAAAGGAGCAACUGUAUUUAAAGUGCUAGAAAAGAGAGUCCAUAGUUUCUGUUACAUCAUCAAGUUGUUCUGAGGUUUUGGAUAUGCUAAGGAAUUUAGAUAAAUCAGGAAGAUAACUUAAAAAGCAGUAUUUUGUGGUAGAAGUGAUGGUUCUACCAUACUUGUGGUACAGUUUACGCUACCGGAAGGAACACGGAGCCGGAGAAUAAACGAAAUAAGGCUUUAUUAUAUCCAACACAGGCGUUAUCCAAACAUGGAACACAGAGGAAGACACAUGUAAGUGGUAAGUAGAUCCGACAAAACUGAACUAAAAGGACAAGGCUUAAAUGCAUGAGAUAAUAGGGGCAACACAGGUGGAUGGAAUGACUCAAUUAACAGGGACAUGGAACACAUGGGGAAUAAAAUAGACACACCUGGGAACUAAUCAAACCAAACAUACGGGAGACAGAAAACUGGGUCACAGGGGCAAAAACACACUAAAAGAGUCCAGGGGUGUAACAUUACUCCCCCCUCCCGGUAGGUGCGUCCUCGCACCGUAGAAACAGAGUGAGGCCCGGUUGGGAACUUGAGAGGAGGUUCCGGUGGAGGACAGACUCCCAGGAGGGGGCCAGCAGACAGGGACCACGGAGGAAGGAGCCAGGGAAGAGACGACGGAGGGAGGAGCCAGGGAGGAGACAGGAGCAGGAGGAGCCAGAUGGUCCACCAGAGACCAGCCAGGACGGAGAUCCAUGGUUAGGUCGAUGGCGGGAGGAGCCAUGGUGAAGAAGGGGCCGACGACACCAGGGGGCCAACAGGCGGUGACUGCACCGGUGGGUGAGGAGCCCAAGAUGGAGCAGCACAGCCGCAGAGCCAGGGUGACGUCGAGGAUCAGGAGGGCCUAGGUGGAGCAGAAGGCUCAGGCGACCAAGGCGAGGCGGGGUCCUGGAAGACCGCUGUGGAGCCGGAGUGACUGAGGAUGGAGGUGGAGCCAGAGGGAAGGAGGAGCCUGACAGAGCCUGAGGGAUGAAGUGACGAGGUGAAACCAGAGGAAUGGAGUCCUGAGGCCGUGGAUGGUCGACGACUGACCAAGGUGGAGCCGGAGGGACGAGGGAGCCCGGUGGAGCAGGUGGGAUGCCAGGCCACGGUGGAGAUGAGGGAGCUAAGAGCCAAGGCGGAGCCGCUGGGUCGAAGGACCGAGGAGGAGACCAGGGCUCGGAGGCUUGAGGCGGAGACAGGGCUUUAACGCGCCAAGGCAGAGCUGGAGACUGGCAGUCCAGUGGCGAACCAUCGCACCAAGAUGGCGCGGACUGAGGGUUAGCUGCGGGACUGACUGGCACCAGCAGGGAUGACGAGGAACUCGCUGGUAUAGGAGGAGGAGAGAGAGGAAGGAUGGGAGGAAAGAAAGGAGGAUCAGGGCUGGAUGGAACCAGCGGCAGUGGAGCAGAGGGACUGGCAGGUUUAGGAGGAGGUGGGAGAGGGAUGCUGGGAGGGAAUACAGGAGACACAGAAACUUCAGAGCUGGGCGGAACCAGCGGAGACAGAAAAUUCAGAGCUGGGUGGAACAAGUGGAGACACAGGAAAUUCAGAGCUGGGCGGAACCAGCGGAGACACAGAAGAUUGAGAGGUGGGCGGAACCAGCGACGACACAGAAGAUUCAGAGCUGGGCGGAACCAGCGGAGACACAGGAAACUCAGGGCUGGGCGGAACCAGCGGAGAAACAGAAAAUUCCAGGCUGGGCGGAACCAGCGGAGAAACAGAAAACUCAGGGCUGGGCGGAACCAGCGGAGAAACAGAAAAUUCAUAGCUGGACGGAACCAGCGGAAAUGGAGCAGAGGAAAUGACUGGAGACUGAGAGGGUAUACAGGGGAAUCAGGGCUGGACGGAACCAGCGGAGAAACAGGAAAAUUAGGGAUUACCUCCAUAGACCAGUCCAUCAGAUCCAUAAGUUGCUCCAUAUUACCCGAGACUGGAUACAGCUCACCCUCAGUCGCGGAAGUGUGGGCAGGGCUUUCCUCCAUGCCCUCGAUCUCCACUAAGACUCCCAUGACGCACGGUGUUGCCGGCUCACCCACCUGGUCAGUCACGCUCUCGAUGUCAUGCUUACUGUCCGUGAAUGGCUCGGGCUCUGCGGCUGUGGUGGGCUCUGGCUCCGUGCGGCCUGAUGGUGGCUGGCUGGUCUCUGGGUCCAGAGUGGAACUGGCGAGAUCCUCCAUGGGGCAGACGGUGAGAGGUGACCCAUUUCUCGCCAGAGUCCACUCCACGAAUGCGGCGAAUUCCUCCCGAGGACCAUCUUCGGGCGAAAACGCUCUGCACUUGGAGUUUAGGCUGGUGUUAUAGAAGGUGCAGAGCUCGUAGUCCGGGUAGCGGGUGGCAUUCGCUAGCAGAAGAAACUGUCUGGUAUGGUCCUCAAGAAAACGUCCUUCCUGCUCCAGCAGGAGGAGGAGGAAUUCGGGGAUAUAGAGGGGAUCCAUCGGCACUCUACGGAAAGAAAAGACUGUGAAAAAACGGAAAACAAAACGGAGGGAAAAACACGCAGUUUUAAACUUUUUUAGGUCGGAUCUUCUGUUACAGUUUACGCUGCCGGAAGGAACACGGAGCCGGAGAAUAAACGAAAUAAGGCUUUAUUAUAUCCAACACAGGCGUUAUCCAAACAUGGAACACAGAGGAAGACACAGGUAAGUGGUAAGUAGACCUGACAAAACUGAACUGAAAGGACAAGGCUUAAAUGCAUGAGAUAAUAGGGGCAACACAGGUGGAUGGAAUGACUCAAUUAACAGGGACAUGCAACACAUGGGGAAUAAAAAAGACACACCUGGGAACUAAUCAAACCAAACAAGGGAGACAGAAACUGGGUCACAGGGGCAAAAACACACUAAAAGAGUCCAGGGGUGUAACAACUUGUAACAAGAAGUAGAAUUUACAAUAUUGGCUAUAUGAAGUUUGCACAAAACUAAAUAAUGAUCUGAGAUAUCAUCACUUGGCUGCAUAAUUUCAACACUAUCAACAUCAAUUCCAUGUGACAGUAUUAAAUCUAGAGUAUGAUUUUGACAAUGAGUAGGUCCUGAAACAUGUUGUCUAACCCCAAUAGAGUUCAGAAUGUUUAUAAAUGCUGAUACCAAUGCAUCUUUUUCAUUAUCAACAUGGAUAUUAAAAGCACCAACUAUUAAAACUUUAUCUGCAGCCAGAACUAACUCAGAUGUAAAAUCACCAAACUCUUUAAUAAAGUCUGGUGCCCUAGUGGCCUGUAUACAGUAGCCCAUACAAACAUAACAGGGGAUUUAUCAUUAACAUUUGUUUCUCUGGAUAAUGUUAUAUGAAGCACCAUUACUUCAAACAAGUUAUACUUGAAGCCUGCCCUCUGAGAAAUCCUGAAAACGUUGUUAUAAAUUGAAGCAACAACCUCCCCCUUUGCCUUUUAGACGCGACUCAUGUUUAUAACAGUAAUCUUGGCGGGUGGACUCAUUUAAAAUAAUGUAAUCAUCAGGUUUUAGCCAGGUUUCUGUCAAACAGAGCACAUCUAGAUUAUGAUCAGUGAUCAUAUUAUUUACAAAAAGUGUUUUCGUAGAAAGGGAUCUGAUAUUCAAUAAGCCAAGCUUUAUCAUUUGUUUAUCCAUAUUGCAUCUGUUUUUUAUUUGUUGAACCUCAAUUAAAUUGUUCAUCUUAACUUGGUUUGGACGUUUUUUGUAUUUUCUAGUUCGUUGAACAGACAAAGUCUCUAUAGUGUGAUAUCUAGGUGAAAGAGUCUCUAUGUGCUGAGAAUUAGCUGACCUCUGUGACGUGAGGCAGCUAGCAGACGGUCGGUUUAGCCAGUCUGACUGCUUCCUGACCUGGGCCCCAGUUAGUCAAGUAUAAACACUAAGACUAUUUGCCAUAUUUCUAGAGAGAAGAGUGGCACCACCCCAGGAGGGAUUAAGACCAUCUCUUUUCAACAGGUCAGGUCUGCCCCAAAAGCUUGUCCAAUUGUCUAUGAAACCUAUGUUAUUCUGUGGGCACCACUUAGACAUCCAGCCAUUGAGUGAUGACAAUCUGCUAUGCAUCUCGUCACCACGGUAAGCAGGGAGGGGACCACAUCAUAUUACAGUGUCUGACAUCGUGCUUGCAAGUUCACACACCUCUUUAAUGUUAUUUUUAGUGAUCUCCGACUGGCGAAGUCGAACAUCAUUAGCGCCAGCAUGAAUAACAAUCUUACUGUAUUUACGUUUAGCAUUAGCCAGCACUUUUAAAUUUGCCAAGAUGUCAGGCGCUAACUGUCUCAGGUUACGUAAGUAAAGCCUUAACUAAUGUAACUAAAAAGAUCUUAUUAAAAAUUGUUGCCAACACUUUUCAUGAUCUAUAACCAUUUUUAAAAAUCAUUUUAAUGAUCAAUAAACAUUUGUGAAAUAAUUAUAUUACCAGUGAAAUUCAUAUUAACAUAAAAUACAUAUUUUCCUUUUAAAGAUUUUUUAUAAAUGUUUAAAUGCUAUAUAAACACAUCUACAAUAAUUAUUUAAAAUAAUACUGAUAGUACAGUGCAUUUCUAUGCAUUAUUUUUCAUUCGUUGAUACAGAGAGAAUUAGUAAUCUUAUGUCUCUAUCAGGUGGUCAUCCUUGGCAUUACAGUCCUCAACUUUUCACUAAUUUUGUGCUAGUUUAAAUUUUC